UCAAAUUGAAUUGAUUCAGAAGAGUGAUUCAGAAGACUAUAUAAGUUUACUAAAAACCUCACUCAUCAAUGACACUAAACAGUCCUUUCCACGUAAUUUAUGCCCUUGGGGUUCGGGAGAAAAAUACGCAGAAGUGGUUAAUGAUGCUGUUACCGAACUUGUUAAUGAAAAGCCAAUCUCAGUUCGAAAAAAGCCACCCAACGUUUUAUCACUUGGCUUUAGAGAGGUAACAUUUGAAUACGGUAAUACAGUAGUAUUCAAAAAUUCAUGUACAGAUUAUAUUAAACGCUUACCAGCAUUGGAAAAGCUUUACUCUAGGCUUGAUGAGAAAGCAAUGACUUACUUAUUGAAGAAUACAUCAAUAUUUAUUUUUCUUUCAAAUAAUUCUUAUCUUCAAGUAACUA